AUGGGUGACCGUUCACGGAGCCGGUCACCACACCGGCGAGAUGACGGCGAUCGAGGUCGAACGAAAAAGUCCGGAGGCUUUCGGUGGAAGGAAAAGAAGCGCGACGACGAUGACCGCGGCGACGAGCGCAGACUAGAUCGAGGAUACCGAGACCGAAAUGACCGUCCACGGUCGCCACGCAGAGAUCGCGACGGAGACAGAUACCGCAAUGACAACUCGGACCGACGACGGCGCGAGGACCGUGAUGCACCCCGGGAAGACCGCGAGAAGACGGAAAAGAAGGAGAAGAAGAAGGAGAAGAAACCGGUCGCAUCCCAAUCCUCCGAGCCCAUGAUUGUUGUUCAUGUCAACGAUCGUCUGGGCACCAAGGCUGCGAUCCCCUGUCUGGCCUCUGAUCCAAUCAAGCUCUUCAAAGCUCAAGUGGCCGCGCGCAUCGGCCGGGAGCCUCAUGAAAUCCUUCUUAAACGCCAGGGCGAACGUCCCUUCAAGGACCAAUUGACUCUGGAGGACUACGGAGUGAGCAACGGAGUACAACUUGACCUGGAGGUCGGCACGGGCGACUGA